GCUUGGUACGACGAAGUUUUAACCUGGGACCCUAAAGAGUACAAUGAUAUAAAGCAUGUUCGUAUUCCAACAAAACACGUUUGGACUCCCGACAUCGUUCUUCAAAACUAUGCUGAUAAAAGAUUGCAAGAACUGCGCGAAGUAUUGCUCACUGUCGAUUACACCGGUCGCAUUAUCUGGAGUCCACCAGCGAUCUAUAAGUCAGUGUGCACGAUCCAAAUGGAGCACUUUCCAUUUGAUCAUCAAAUCUGCUACCUCCGUUUUGCCUCCUGGACCCUGCAUGGGAAGAAGCUCAACCUCACUUUUUUAGAUGGAAUUGAAAGUGCUUUGAUGGACGCCUAUCAACCAAGCAAUGAAUGGCAUAUUGUGGUCCAUCCAGCAGUUCGACGUUUUUUUAAACAGACUUGCUGCGAGGAGCCGUUUCCAAACCUAAUUUUCUUCUUUGUUCUAAGACGUAACGCAGAGUACUAUGCUUACUUACUGGUGCUACCUUGUAUCUUACUAGCUGUGCUCAAUUUAGUGGUGUUCUGGCUACCACCUCAAAAUCCCGCAAGAAUGAUGCUAGGCUAUUACUACUGCCUCAACAUGGUCCUGAUAGCCAUAUUCACAUUUUUCUCCGUUAUUGCAGUUCAAAUCCACUUUCGAAAGGAUAAAACUAAACCACUUCCACCCUGGCUAUCAAGAUUUGUGAAAACCUCCUCUAAAUGGUUACGUCUUAAACCUGGACCACUGUGUUUCACCAAACCCCCUCAAGCUGAGGCCAACAUCAGCAAAAUUGAAAUGCACCUGAAUCAAGAGAGAAAACUCAGGCGUCGAGACUCCUUUGAAUCUCAUCCCGGACAGACACCCAGACAUUGCUAUUGCCAACAGCAACAGCCACAACCACAACAACAAAUAAAUCAAGAAUCACAGCACGAUGUGCAGGCCCUGACUCAAAGAGAUCCUUUCUCAAACAUCACCUCCACGACUGCGGGCAAACAGUUGGAGGCUAGUGUGAAGGAAAUCAAACGUGCUUUGCGCAAUUUGAUGCAUAAGGUGGGCCAUUAUUUUCGAAGUACGACCUUCUGGGAAGUGGCGAAUUUACACACAAAAAUGAUUAUUAUUUUCUAG